CGUCAGCGCAAGAUGGCGGCCUCGGCGGCGCUGUUCUCGCGCUUGCGGAGCGGGCUCCGGGUAGGCGCGCGUGGACUGUGCACGCGGCUGGCGCCGCCACCUGCCCCCCGCACUCCAGAGCAGGUUGCCGACAUCGCCAGCCGUGGAGGCUCAAAGGCCCAAGGGCCACAGCAUCAGCCCGGCUCAGAGGGUCCCAGCUAUGCCAAAAAAGUUGCACUCUGGCUUGCUGGUUUGCUUGGGGCUGGUGGGACCGUCAGCAUCGUCUAUAUUUUUGGAAACAACCCUGUGGAUGAAAAUGGUACCAAGAUUCCGGAUGAAUUCGACAAUGAUCCAAUUCUGGUUCAGCAGCUGCGCCGGACGUACAAAUAUUUCAAAGAUUACAGACAGAUGAUCAUCGAGCCCACCAGCCCCUGCCUUCUCCCAGACCCUCUGCGGGAGCCCUACUACCAGCCACCGUAUACCCUGGUCCUGGAGCUCACCGGGGUCCUUCUGCAUCCGGAGUGGUCGCUGGCCACCGGCUGGAGGUUUAAGAAGCGUCCAGGCAUCGAGACCCUGUUCCAGCAGCUUGCCCCUCUGUAUGAAAUAGUCAUCUUCACGUCAGAAACUGGCAUGACUGCGUUCCCACUCAUUGAUAGCGUGGACCCCCACGGCUUCAUCUCUUACCGUCUGUUCCGGGAUGCCACCAGAUACAUGGAGGGACACCAUGUGAAGGACAUUUCCUGUCUGAAUCGGGACCCAGCCCGAGUAGUAGUCGUGGACUGCAAGAAGGAAGCUUUCCGCCUCCAGCCCUACAACGGUGUCGCCCUGCGGCCCUGGGACGGCAGCUCAGAUGACCGAGUCUUGUUGGACCUGUCUGCCUUCCUCAAGACCAUCGCCCUGAACCAAGUGGAGGACGUGCGCACAGUGCUGGAGCACUACGCCCUGGAGGAUGACCCGCUGGAAGCAUUCAAGCAGCGGCAGAGCCGCCUUGAGCAGGAGGAGCAGCAGCGCCUGGCCGAGCUCUCCAAGUCCAACAAGCAGAGCCUCUUCUUUGGGUCACUCACCAGCCGCCUGUGGCCUCGCUCCAAGCAGCCCUGACUGCUGGGCCUCCUCAGACUCGGUGCCUGGGCCUCCUCGGGCCCCAGCCCUCACGGAGCGAGGUUUGGACAGCCGUGUGUCCAAUAAAGCGCAUCCUAGAUGCCACAAUGCCUGUGUCCAGAGAGUCCAGACGGGGCGUUGGGGUGAGGG